ACCCCUUUCUGGGAAAUGGGAUCGCCCGAUGUAGGUAAAGCCAUAAGUGCUGGGAAUGAUCUACGGUUACUAGGCAUUCCGAUCUUGAUCUAGAAGCUUUCACAUCGGGCAACGGUGCGAUAGAUAAGCAAGAUGUCCAAACUUUCCAAAGAAGAAAUUGAAGAGGCCAAGGAAGUCUUUGAGCUUUUUGACUUCUGGGACGGUCGUGACGGGGAGGUAGAUGCCGCCAAAAUCGGUGACGUCUGCCGCUGUGUGGGUCUGAACCCCACCGUGGAGAUCGUCGAGAAGAAUGGCGGAACCAAGAAGAUGGGAGAGAAGGCCUACAAAUUCGAGGAGUUCCUCCCCAUCCACGAAACAAUCAUCAACACCCUGGAACAGGGCACCUUCGCCGACUACAUGGAGGCCUUCAAGACUUUCGACAGAGAGGGACAGGGUUUCAUCUCUGGGGCUGAGCUCAGACAUCUUCUCUCUUCACUCGGUGAGCGUUUGAGUGACGACCAGGUCGAUGAAAUCAUUAGAAACACAGAUUUACAAGAAGACCUUGACGGAAACAUCAAAUACGAGGAAUUCAUCAAGAAAGUGAUGGCUGGACCAUACCCCGACUAAAAAGGAGACUGAAUAAAAAAAAAAACUCUAACACAAGAACACAUCACAUACACACAAAAAAUCCCCGUCUACAAAACAUUUACAACAGUGACGUCAUCAGCUGGAGAAGUUUUACGCAUGCUGCUGCGAUCAAGUGAAACAUCAACUAAAAAACGGACAUGCGCACUGGAAUUGAUUUACCACCCGGAAAGCUACAAAACAUCAUAAAAAAGAACCAGAUUUCUUGCGCAAGACCUCUCCAGCUAUUACAUAAACUUUGCCGUCUGUUUUCUACACAUCAGUCUUCUUUUUAAAACCGGUACCGGUUGGUUACAUCAUCGGUAAAGACAUCAUUGGGUCAUGUGACCCGAAAUGUACAGUUAUGCUCGAAAGUUGGUAUAAAUGAGAUGAGGUCGGAAUGGAUAUCCCUUUUGCAUCCUCUGUUUAUGAGUGAAUAGUGUAUUAUUUAUUAUUUUUCCCAAAUAAAAAAUCUGUUUUCUUUUAAA